CAUACUGAAAGCCCAAAAUCAUCGCUCUCGGUAGAGUCUGUCUCUUCGUUUGUUUUUACCGGCGUCGGAUCUCGCCGAAACCUCCUCCGUGUAACUCUUCAUCUGUAAGUCUCGACCACUAUCAUUAGCUCCUUUCACGUCAUUAAUCUAAUCUCUCCCUCGUUGCCGGAGCAUGAAUCCGGCGAGUUACCAGCCUCCGUUCCACUGGGCUCCGAUGCGACCUCCGGAUCCACCUCGCUGCGGUGCGUUCUGGAACACCAAGAACAUAACCGAUCAGCUAAAACAGCUCCAAGAUACAAUCCGCCUCGCAAAAUCAAUGGAGAAGGAACUAGAUGCAUUGAGGAUGAUCAAAGAUGGUAAAGAUUCGAUGGAAACUGUGGAGGGAGAGUCAGGGGUAGAGUGUUUGAGGAGAUAUGUAGAAAGUGUGAAGAUUGAUUUGGAAGAGCAGGAGAAGCUUUCGGUGGAAGCUGCUAACUCCUUGAUGUCUACGUUAAGAGCACAGCUUGAGCCUUUUAGGUUUGUUGUUGACGAGAGUUCUCCAUGGGAGGAGAAGUCUGCAGUGGCGAGAUUGAGUUGUAGGAUGAAGAAGUCUAAAAGGAACAAACUUUGGAAGAAGAAGAAGAGACGGUGCGUUGCAGAGAUGCGUGCUAAGGAGCCUGAAAGAUUUGAACAAGCUGAUCGAGAGGCUGAUGAGUGGAGGGAAAAUGAAGAAGUCUAAAAGGAACAAACUUUGGAAGAAGAAGAAGAGACGUUGUGUUGCAGAGAUGCGAGCUAAGGAGCCUGAAAGAUUUGAACAAGCUGAUCGAGAGGCUGAUGAGUGGAGGGAAAAGGAAAUGGCCAAGGACAUGGCUAACAGAAAGGUUGAUGAGAUGAAGGCUAUUGAGAAGGUCAAGGCGAAACGAGAGCGAAGGAGAUUAGAACCCGAGGUGAGACUUAUAAUGCUAUCUUAGACAUUAUAGUGGUAA